GCCGCCCUGCCUCAGCCACCAGCUGACUACGUCGGGGCUGCCGCCUGGCUCCCCGCCGACCUUGGGUGCCCGGGGCGGGGAGGUGGAACACCGGAACAGGCCCGGGGCGGGUGGUGGCUGAGCUGAGAAGCUUGUGAAGCUCAUAUGAAAUAUUCUAUAGAUAUUUCUGCUGUUGAGUAGUAAGUCAGAUGAAAGAAAUGAUCAUGUCCUAAGACAGCAAUAGAUCUGGAGUAUGAAUCCGUGUACAGAAGUGAGUUGAUGCCAGAUUUGUUAACAUCGCGGUAGCUUGAUGGCAAUCCCUUAUUCUGUAAACCAAAGCCAUCUUUCUGCCAAAGCAAGAAGGGGACAGUGCACAAUCUGACUACAGAAUGUUAUUUCUAAAGAAGUGAACUGUGAAGAAAAGACUCAUGAAUUUUGAUCAUAGGGUCUUGGAGAGCAUCUCUGAUGUCAGCUCCACUGAGGACCUCCCUGAGGCAGAAUUGGUGAGCAUGCUAGAAGAACAGAUGCCAGAUUACAAGUUACGAGUGGACUCUCUGUAUCUCUAUGAAAAUCAAGACUGGAUUCAAUCUAACUGCCAUGCCCGUCUUCCCAAAAUCUCUUCUCCAGUUCAUGACGAGGAGACCUUCCGUUACAUGAAACUACCUUGUAUAUGUGAACAAAGGAACAUGUCACGACAUAACAAGAAUAUUAACCAAAAUGAAGAGUUGCUUGCAGCCUUCCCAUGGGGAGUUUUAGGCACAGAUAAUGUGGAGCAGAAAACCUACAGUGACGCUGACGUGGCCAAACAUCUGCUAGCUGAGAAGGACCGGGAUCUGGAACUGGCAGCUCGAAUUGGACAGGCCCUGCUUAAACGAAACCAUCUGUUGACAGAACAGAAUGAAGCACUAGAAGAACAGUUAGGACAAAGUCUAGAUCAAGUUAACCAGCUGCAGCAUGAACUAUCGAAGAAGGAUGACCUGCUUCGUCUUGUUUCAAUUGCUUCUGAGGAAAGUGAAACAGAUUCCAGCUGUUCUACACCACUUCGUUUCAAUGAGUCUUUCAGUGUAUCACAGGGUCUUUUACAGCUGGAUAUCUUGCAAGAUAAACUCAGGGCACUGGAAGAGGAGAACCUUGCUCUUCGAUCGAAGGCUUGCCAUCUAAAGACAGAAACCAUUACAUAUGAAGAAAAGGAACAGCAGCUAGUCAGUGACUGUGUCAAAGAGCUCCGGCAAACAAAUGCUCAAAUUUCCAGAAUAACAGAGGAAUUGUCAGAGAAGAGUGAGGAGCUGGUUUGCUACCAGGAAGAGAUCUCAUCCCUUCUGUCUCAGAUUGUUGAUCUUCAGCAUAAACUCAAAGAACAUGUGAUUGAAAAGGAAGAGCUGAAACUUCACUUACAGGCUUCCAAAGAUGCUCAGAGACAGCUGACAGCAGAGCUACAUGAGUUGCAAGACCGGAACGCAGAGUGUCUAGGAAUGUUGCAUGAAUCACAAGAAGAAGUGAAGUUGCUGCGCAGCAGAGCCCUCUCUGUUGCUUGUCUCUACCAUCCCCAGUCAUGUGGAGCAUUUCCUGUGGAUUCCCUUGCAGCAGAAAUUGAAGGGACAAUGCGGAAGGAAUUGAGUCAGGGUGAUGAAUCUCUUCUGUCCAAGCAGAUGGGUCACCAUAAACGAGUAUUUGACACUGUCAAGGUUGCUAAUGUCACUCGUGGACGCUCGUCUUUCUUUCCUGUCCCAUUACCAAUUCCUGGUUCUAAUAGGUCAAGUGUUGUUAUGACAGCAAAGCCUUUUCAGUCUGGCUUACAUUCAGAAGGCCACACACAGAUGACCCAGAGGAGCAGCUCUGAGAAGAAUUUAAAGGGCAUGCAUAAGUGUGGCCAGCCAGGAAACCCUAGAGACAAUGACUUAGUCACAGCUCUGCACAGGCUCUCCCUCCGUCAUCAGAACCACCUGAGUGAGAAGCAGUACUUUGAGGAGGAAUGGGAGCGAAAAAUGCAUUUGCUGGCUGAGCAGAAAGAAGGGGGAAGUGGUAGUAAUACACCAAGAGAAAGCUGUUUUUCCUUGGGUACAAACUCAGAAUUCACUGAUUUCUCUGCCAGCUCUAGUAACCUCCGUGUCCUCCUACCAGAAAAAUUGCAAAUUGUCAAGCCCAUUGAAGGAUCUCAGACCCUGUUUCACUGGCAGCAACUUGCUCGACCCAACCUAGGCACCAUUCUGGACCCAAGACCAGGUGUUGUUACAAAAGGUUUUACCCCUCUGACUGAUGAUAGUGUGCACCACAUCUCUGACUUGGAGGAGGAUGAUGAGGAAGAAGGUGAAGGAGGUAUAACAUUUCAAGUGCAACUGUCCUUUCCGGAGAAAAAGUGUGCAGUGUCAAAGCAAGAGUCAGGGAUUUUCCUGUCACCUAUUACUUCAGUAGCAGUACCACUCACUGCCUCAAAUCCUGGAAAGUGUCUGUCUUCAACAAAUUCCACAUUUACGUUUACUACAUGUAGAAUCCUUCACCCAUCUGAUAUCACCCAAGUUACUGCCAGCUCCAAGUGUGCCCCAUUUUCACUUGGAAAUAGUGGCAGCAGCACUGGAAAUCUAGUAGUGAGCACUCCAGCCAUGUCUUACAGGCUUAAUAUUGGAGAAUUUCUCACCAACAGAGGAGAUUCAACUACUACCCUCAGCAGCACCAGCAGUCUGGCACAGCUUUUGCAAGAACGAGGCAUCUCUGCCAAGGUUUAUGAUAGUCCUGUAUUAGAAAAACUGCCUUUGCUAAAGCCCCCUCAAACAGUCCCUGUUCCUUCUACUCCACCCAAUUCUCCCUCACAUUCACCUUGUCCUUCCUCUUCACCAUUUGAGCCUCGAGUGCAUCACUCAGAAAAUUUCUUGGCUUCCCGACCAGCAGAAACAUUCUUGCAGGAAAUGUAUGGCCUAAAGCCCUCCCGCAACGCGCCAGAUAUAGGCCAGCUGAAGAUGAACCUCGUGGACAGGCUGAAAAGGCUGGGUAUUGCCAGGGUGGUUAAGACCCCUGAGACAGAGGACCACAGGAAGAAUCGGGGGCCCGAGGUUAGCUUGCGGAGGCAGGACUCAGCUGUGUUUCUAAAUGCAGGUAGCAACUUAAUGGCAGGACUGAGAAGAAACCAGAGUCUUCCAGCCAUGAUUGGAGCACUGGGAGCUCCAAUAUGCACACAGUCAUUAAAAAUGGAUAUCCUAAAGGAGGACUGACUGGUAUGGACUUCUAGCAUAAUAAAUAAUACUUGAGGGAUAAACAUCCAGAACGGGCAUGGUUAGGUGUGUUACAGAAGAGUUGAAGAAGGCAUGUGCAUGUUAAAAGAUGGGGGAGAGAGAAGUGUUGGGAUCAAGGAGAAAAGAACAAUGCUUAGAUGAGGAAGAAGGCUUUUGUGGAAGAUAAGAAAAGAAAGAAGCCAAAGUUUAGUUUUGUGAUUCCUUCAGCAUCUGUCUUAGCUUAAAUAAAAGACCAUUGUAGAUAUUCUCAGUAUUUUAACAUUUUAAACUGUAUUUGUAAAACCGUCUUGCAGGUGCUGUUCUAUUUUUUCUGCCAUAUGACCAUAGGAUUUUACUAUUUGUUAGCAGUCAGACCAUAUCAUUUAAAUACAAUAUUAAAAUAAUGAUCAGUCUGACCAGCAUCGUUGGUCCAAUUUCUACUCUGUAGCAAACAAAUGCAAAAACUUGGGACA